GGAAUCCCUGUCCAGAGAGUUUGGAAAAGAAUCUACUAUAAAUAAAGGCCUCCUCAGUGAAUAAGAAACACUGCUUCAACAUUCAAGCACUCCCAUUUGCCACACCUUAUUCCAAGUUCAAACAGACAUUAUGAAGUUCACUACUCUUGCCGCUACCCUCCUUACUUUCGGCCUCGGAUCUAACCUGGUUGUCUGCUCUCCCGUCGAAGAGGCACGAGGCGGCCUCGAGGCUAGGGCUUGCUGCGACGUCAAAGUCUGUGAUGGCUCCAACCUGCAGGGCAAUUGCAAGAAUGGCUGCUACCCCUACCGCAAGACGUCCGCUCUCAACAAGUCUGGAAUUGGCUCCAUCGCUUCCUUGAAGACUGACACGGACUGCGCCUGUGUUUAUGGCACUGCUACCAACUCUUGCGGCACUGUUGACUACAAAGGCGUAAAGCAGGUGCCCAAUCAUUGCCUCACUGGCAUCAAAAACGUUUACUGCUCGCCCGUUUAGGAAGCUCAAUGCGGUUGGAACGCGCACUUCAUUUGUGGUGCAGCUUCAGAUCAACUUCAGUUCCGUGUAGGAUGGCUCAAAGACUUGGGCAUCUAAUGCUACAUUGGGAAAUGAUGUUAUUAUUCUUGGAAAGGGAGAUUCGGUCAGCAAUGUAAACAAAUAGGAACAACAUGGUGUGCACUCUCACGCACAAGGGCAUGCAUAAAAUACUACGUCACCCCUUGCACUUGAGAGCGGUGGUGCAAGGGGUACAAUCAGCCGAAGGCUGGAGCAAUUUUGUAACAUU